AUGCUAGUUCACGACGUAAAGCUUCCGUCGUCCGCGUCCUCGACGCUGCCGCACGACUGCACUCGACGGGACGUAUACUAUUACGUUUGGGAACCGCUGGCCCAGGGCACGGCACGGGUCGCGCAGCUGCCAUCGACUCAGGUAGCUUUUUUCUGCGUCGGUGUCCAAUGUCGCCUCGCGAUGCACGACAUGUCAUCUCUCAACGCGUGGGGCCCGAAUUCAUCGGUAGACAACUUC